GGGCGCGGGCCGCCUCCGCGGGUCCACACCGGCGCCUGCGCCCCCGACCCCUGCGCCGCCGAGGACCGCGAGCCCAGCCGCCGCCGAAGCAGCCCCGCCGCCCCCUGCACCCCCAGCGCGGCCGAUCCCGCCUUCCUCCGAUGCGUUCCCGACGCGAGGACCUGGCGCGGCGCGGGGAGGAAUCAGACCACUUGGCCGCAGCUCGCGGCCCGAGGCUUCCCGGCGCGCUCCCGCCCCUCCCGGGCGCCGCCCCUGACGCUUUGGCCCGGCUGGAGGAAACCAGAUCCUAUGGCUCUCUUUGCUGCAUUUCAGACAGCAUUCAUUUUCACAUUGUUGCCAUUGAGAAUUUACCAGAACCAAGUCUUGUCUGAACCUUUACUCUUGAAUCCUGAAUCACUGAAUAUUUCUGUCAGUUAUUCACAUCAACGUUUGCAUAUACAAUGGAGUAUCCACAACCUCACUCACUAUCAAUUAAAAAUGGUUUUUCAGAUACAGAUCAGUAGAAUUAAUACAUCCAAUACCAUCUGGGUGGAGAAUUACACCUGUACUGUGAAGCAGAAUCAAGUUCUGCAUUGGAGCUGGGAAUCUGAGCUCCCCUUGCCGUGUGCAGCACACUUUGUGAGAAUAAGGAGCAGCAACGUGGGGGUAGACAAUACCACGGUCCCCAGACAGACGCUCUGGGGCAAGUGGAGCUCCUGGAAGAAAGUAGCCGGACAGAAUUCCCCUGGCCGUCGUAAGCUGGAGAUUUUCCCUAAAAACAGGAUAGUGGAAGAGGGCUCCAAUGUCACCAUUUGCUACAUUUCUAGGGGCCACCAAGAGAACAUCUCGUGUUAUUUGGAGGGCACUUGGGUACACGGAGAACAACUUGAUCCGGAUGUAACUGUGUUCACCCUGAAUCAUGUUCCUUUCAUUAGAAAAACAGGGACAAAUUUCUUUUGUAAGGGGGACCACGAUGAUUUGGAUGGCAUCGUUCUCUAUGUUGCAAAAGUACUUGAGGAGCCCAAGGACUUUUCUUGUGAAACCCAGAAUUUCAAGACUUUGAACUGUAGCUGGGAUGCUGGAACCGACACCGCCUUGUUUGACAUGUCUUCCCAGCACUACACUUUAUUUGAAUCAAUUUCUGGGAAUAAGAUACUUUGUGGACACAAAAAUUGGUGUACUUGGCAAGUAACUCAAGACUCACAAGAAAUGUAUAACUUCACACUCCUGGCGGAAAACCUCAUAAGACAGAGAAGUGUCAAUAUUGUUUUUAACCUGGCUCAUCGAGUUCAUCCAAAGUCUCCCUUUGAUUUAUCCAUUAAAAACAACAAUGGGACAGAAUCCACCGUGACCUGGAAGGUUCACUCCAUGGGGAAUUAUUCCACACUUUUGUGUCAGGUUGAACUCUGUGACAAAGGAGCAGUGAUACGAUGGCACAAUGUUUCUGUCAAGGUCAAUGGCAAAUACCUUCUACGUGGCCUGGAUCCCAACACAGAGUACAUGGUCCGAGUAUACUGUGCUGAUGCCAACCACUUCUGGAAAUGGAGCAAGUCGGUUAGUCAAAACUUCACCACACUUGAAGCUGCACCCUCGGAGGCUCCUGAUGUCUGGAGAAGGGUGAAGUCAAACCCAGGCCAGCAGGAGGUGACUUUAUUCUGGAAGCCUUUCUCAAAAUUAUUGCAUGCCAAUGGGAAGAUUCUAUUCUAUAAUAUAAUUAUAGAAAAUCUAGACAAAUUAUAUCAGCUACCACCCGUCUCCAUUCCUGCUCCGGCCAGUAACAAAACAUUAAUCCUGGAUCUGUGUACUUACCGAUUCCACGUCACAGCUAAUAACAGCGUGGGUGUGUCUCCUGCUUCCAUCAUUGUCAUUUCUGGAGAUCCUGAAAACAAUGUAGAAGAAGAGAGAGUUAAUGGCACAGAGGAUGGAAUCUCUUUGUCUUGGAAACCCCAGUUUGGAGAUGUGGUGGGCUAUGUCGUGGAAUGGUUUGAAUGUCUCUGGCUCCUGGACUGUGAUCCCCAGUGGAAAAAUGUAGCCCCUAACACUACACACACAGUCAUCAGCUCAGAUGCUUUUAGACCAGGGAUCCGAUACAACUUUAAAAUUUAUGGAGUUUCUACAAAAAAGCCUGCUUACUUGUUAGAGAAAAAAGCUGCAUACUCCCAGGAACUGGCUCCUUCUGAAAACCCUGAGGUGUUUGUGACUGACCUGAAACCCUACUCCUUCACUCUGCAUUGGCAGAAUUAUUCCGCCAACUCCAGCUCCCAACCUGGUUUCAUACAAGGCUACCAUGUCUAUCUGAAAUCUGAGGAGAAACACUGCCACACAGGAUUUGAAAAGGCAAUUCUUUCAGAUGGUACAGUCUGUUGCAAAUACAUAAUCAACAACCCGGAUCAAAAGACAUUCACCAUGAAAUACCUGCAGCCGGAAACCACCUAUCAGUUUCUCGUCACCCCGUACACAAGUGUUGGCAAGGGACCCCUGGCCUCUUUCACAGAGGUCACCACUCCGGAUGAUCAUUCUCAUAUACUGCUCAUAUACAUAUUCCUCAUGAUUUUUGGGGUUGUGGUGAUCAUCAUCAUAUGCUCCUUGGAAAGCCAGUGGAUGAAGGAGAAAUGCUAUCCUGACAUUCCAGAUCCUAACAAGAGCAGUGUCCUGUCAUUGAUAAAAUCCAAGAAGAAUCCUCAUGUAACAAUAAUGAAUGUCAACGACUGCAUUCCAGAUGCUAUUGAAGUUAUACACAAGUCAGAAGAGAGUAAAGCACAGUUCUUAGGCAUGAAGAAGUCACUCACAGAUACUGGACCUUCUACGCCUGCCUACCUUUACCUCCUCCCAGCAGAAAACUCCUCAGGACCUGGACCGUGUGUCUGUUUUGAGAACUUCACCUAUAAUCAGGCAGCUUUUAACUCCAGUUCUUGUAACCAUGUCCCAGUAUCCCCUAGAGCCCCACCAAAUCAGCUGGAACUAUUGACUGCACCUGAACCGUUACUAAAGGCACUAGAAAAAAACUACAUGAGCUCUUUGGGAGAAACCCCAGCUGGAGAACCUAGUUUGAAUUAUGUGUCCCAGCUGGCGUCACUCUCAUCUGGAGACAAGGAUAACCUCUCAACAAAUCCCCCAGAGCCAGCACUCUGUUCGGAGUAUAAAAUGCAAAUGGCCAUACCUUUGGGUCUUGCUCCUCCUCCUCAGACGGAGACCUAAGAGUACGCCCUCCAUUUCCCUUCCACAUCAAGGUGAACACUUGCUGCUAACCAGCAUCCUCACUUCAUACUGACGCUACACACACACCACGGAAGCAUGGCUGACACCAUUCCUUCAUCACCAGAUAUCUGGGUGCUUAUUUCCAGUGUGCUGUCAGUUUGCAGGUUUCACUUACCUAAAACUACCACAAUCUUGACAGCACCCCAGGUCCAAAAGCCAUGAAACCAAAGUUCUGCAGCAGGUUUGCUGUAGAAAUGGCAGGAUCGUGGGAAGAAGUUUGCCUUGUUUCGGUGUGUUCCAGGCCCUGUCCACUACAUACUGGGGAGGGUGACUGUGGGGCUAAAGAUUCACUUUCUACUUAGUAAGCUCCCAUUAAAUUUCACCCUUGUGUUCACGAUAAAAGGGAGUAGAUUUCAGGCUUUAAUCAAGGCUGCAAACUUGUUAGUAGCUCAUCAAUUGUCAAUGCUCAUUUAGUCUGGGUGUUUAUGAGCAAGUCACAGAUGCCUGAAAAUGACUGAAUUUAGACUUGCCUAGAUGUAAUAAAAACUUGUAGUUCAUUGAUGCAGUAAAAUUCUGGGGACACAGAUCUUUUUGAGUAGGGAAGAUGUGAGCGACUCCUAAGAUUCCAGCUCACUGUUACGAGUGGGACUGGCAAGAACUCCACCUUAGUGUCAAGACAGUAACACUUCUUUGUAAACACCAGUCUUCUAGCAUAUUUUUUUUUACAACUACUUUAGAAUAGAAGAGGGAAAAUAUAUUAUUCAGUCAUCCCAUUCAAAUUUUAUGUUUCCCUCUUUUUUCUACCAGAACGAUAAUACAGACAUUUAGCAUCUUUUGAACUUUGAAAUAGGUUUUCUGGGUCAAGCAUCAUCUUCAGGAUCUCAUUAAUUAUCCUAAUAUGCUAAUAUAAUGAAGCCUCAUUGUUGGACACCAUUUAGACUUAACUAAAAAGUUACAUGGAGUGGGAGAAGGCAAGUACAUACUAAGCACCAGGUACUCAAUAGCGCUGCUAAAUGUUAGUUCCUUUCUCUUCCUUUUGCCCAUCACCCCUUAAUGUUAUUUAUGACAUUUCUAAACCAAUACAAAUAAGGCUUCCUUUUUGUUUGCUGACUCCCGUCAGUGUUGUAGAAAUGACUGUGGUGCUAGCAGUAAACACCAGAGAGAGGCAAGCAGAGUGGAGAAAAAGGCAGUAGGAAUGUAAGGGAAAGAGAGGAGAGGAGCU